AUGCAGCUGUGGAAGGCGGUGGUGGUGACCCUGGCCUUCAUGAGCACGGACGUCGGCAUGACCACGGCCAUCUACAUCCUCAGCCACCUAGACCGCAGCCUGCUGGAGGACAUCCGCCACUUCAACGUCUUUGACUCGGUGCUGGACCUCUGGGCAGCCUGCUUGUACCGUAGCUGCCUUCUGCUCGGAGCCACCAUCGGCGUGGCCAAGAACAGCGCCCUGGGGCCCCGGCGGCUUCGGGCCUCCUGGACCAUCAUCGCCCUCGUGUGCCUCUUCGUGGGCAUCUACACCAUGGUAAAGCUGUUGCUCUUCUCCGAGGUGCGCAAGCCGGUCCGGGACCCGUGGUUCUGGGCCCUCUUCGUGUGGACUUACAUCUCGCUCAGCGCCUCCUUCGUGCUCUGGUGGUUACUGUCCACGGUGCGGCCGGACGCCAAGGCCCUCGAGCCGGGGGCUGGGGCCGAGGGCUUCCCGGGGGAGCACCGGCCCCCUCGUGAGCAGGCAUCUGGGGCCACGCUACAAAAGCUGCUGUCCUACACCAAGCCCGACGUGGCCUUCCUCGUGGCGGCCUCCUUCUUCCUCAUCGUGGCGGCUCUGGGAGAGACCUUCCUUCCCUACUACACCGGCCGGGCCAUUGACGGCAUCGUCAUCCAGAAGAGCAUGGAGCAGUUCAGCACGGCGGUCAUUGUCAUGUGCUUGCUGGCCAUCGGCAGCUCAUUUGCCGCAGGUAUUCGGGGCGGCAUUUUUACCCUCAUAUUUGCCAGACUGAACAUUCGCCUUCGAAACCGUCUCUUCCGCUCACUGGUGUCCCAGGAGAUGAGCUUCUUUGACGAGAAUCGCACAGGGGACCUCAUCUCCCGCCUCACCUCGGACACCACCAUGGUCAGUGACUUGGUCUCCCAGAACAUCAACAUCUUCCUGCGGAACACGGUCAAGGUCACGGGUGUGGUGGUCUUCAUGUUCAGCCUCUCAUGGCAGCUGUCCUUGGUCACCUUCAUGGGUUUCCCCAUCAUCAUGAUGGUGUCCGACAUCUACGGCAAGUACUACAAGAGGCUCUCCAAAGAGGUCCAGAAUGCCCUGGCAAGGGCCAGCAGCACAGCCGAGGAGACCAUCAGUGCCAUGAAGACGGUGCGGAGCUUUGCCAACGAGGAGGAGGAGGCGGGGGUAUACUCGCGGAAGCUGCAGCAGGUGUAUAAGCUGAACAGGAAGGAGGCCGCAGCCUACACGUACUACGUCUGGGGCAGCGGGCUCACGCUGCUGGUAGUCCAGGUCAGUAUCCUCUACUACGGGGGCCACCUCGUCAUCUCGGGACAGAUGACCAGCGGCAACCUCAUCUCCUUCAUUAUCUACGAGUUUGUCCUGGGAGACUGUAUGGAGUCCGUGGGCUCCGUCUAUAGCGGCCUGAUGCAGGGAGUGGGGGCCGCUGAGAAGGUGUUUGAGUUCAUUGACCGGCAGCCAACCAUGGUGCAUGAUGGGAACUUGGCCCCUGACCGCCUGGAGGGCCGGGUGGACUUUGAGAACGUGACCUUCACCUACCGCACUCGGCCCCACACCCAAGUCCUACAGAAUGUCUCCUUCAGCCUGUCCCCAGGAAAGGUGACCGCACUUGUGGGACCCUCGGGCAGUGGGAAGAGUUCCUGCGUCAACAUCCUGGAGAACUUCUACCCCCUGGAGGGGGGCUGCGUGCUGCUGGACGGGAAGCCCAUCGGCGCCUAUGACCACAAGUACCUGCACCGCGUGAUCUCCCUGGUGAGCCAGGAGCCGGUGCUCUUUGCCCGCUCCAUCACAGACAACAUCUCCUACGGCCUGCCCACCGUGCCCUUCGAGAUGGUAGUGGAGGCCGCACAGAAGGCGAACGCCCACGGCUUCAUCAUGGAGCUCCAGGACGGCUACAACACAGAGACUGGGGAGAAGGGUGCCCAGCUGUCGGGCGGCCAGAAGCAGCGGGUGGCCAUGGCUCGGGCUCUGGUGCGGAACCCACCCGUCCUCAUCUUGGACGAAGCCACCAGCGCUCUGGACGCAGAGAGCGAGUACCUGUCUCCCCAGAUCCAGCAGGCCAUCCACGGCAACCUGCAGAAGCACACAGUGCUCAUCAUCGCGCACCGCCUGAGCACGGUGGAGCGGGCGCACCUCAUCGUGGUGCUGGACAAGGGCCGCGUGGUGCAGCAGGGCACGCACCAGCAGCUUCUGGCCCAGGGCGGCCUCUACGCCAAGCUGGUGCAGCGGCAGAUGCUGGGGCUCGAGCCCGCCUCGGACUACUCAGCCGGCCACAAGGAGCCACCGGGCGGUGGCGGUCACAAGGCCUGACCGCGGGCCCAG